GGGGGCGCUCCCUUGAAGUCACGUGACAUUACCAAACGCAGCACAUUCACCUAGGUCACAGUAAAAUUAGGUUGACGGUUUAUUUAUUUAUUAUGCGUUGAUUAAUUUGAAGCCCCAUAUGCAUUUAGAAUUCCAAUCGCGUGUAUCCUAAUUCGGGAGGUUAUACAAACUUUCAGUGUAGCAGGUCACAUUAAAAAAACAACCAGUGAUUGGACGAAGUCAAUUCUCGGUCUGUCUUUAUCGACCAAUUCAUUCAUUUUUUUGUUUGUUACACAGAUGUUAUAGACUUCAAUGAUAUGGAUGUUCGUUUGGAAAACCACUUGGAUUAUUUCAUCCACGACAAUACUGCUGCUGCGUGGUUGAGUCCAGAAAUGCUGUCAGUUGCACGGGAAGCCUUCGGUGCUGGGGACUUCAACCUCCUUGCUGAGAUCUACAGCUCCCAGUUGGCGGACCUCCGACACCCGGACCGGAGCCUCUGCCUCCUGAAAGCGGACGCGCUCAGCCGGGCAGGGCGGGUAGCGGACGCUCUGGAAUCAUACUGCACCGCCGCCAAUUUGGACAGGUUACGACCAAAUGAACUAGGGUCUCUCGUUGACUGUAUUGCGCACACUUUACGCGUAAAAGAAUGCCUAAAAGAAUGCACAGACUCAGAUGGGGUUUCCGAGGAUGAACAUUCGUUGGACCUGUUCUCAUGUCGGCUUUGCAAGUGCUUGUUAAUCGAGCCAACAACUUUGGAAUGCGGCCAUACAUUCUGCAAACCAUGCAUUGAGGAUGACUGUAUCAAAGAAUGUGAAUUAUGUCGUUACAAACUGAACGAAACAAGUAGACAAUUAAAACCAAUCUGUUUUAAAGUGAAUGUAGUACUCAGAGGCCUGUUGGAUAAAUGGUUUUGCGCAGAGAGUGAAGCAAGACGAUGCUGGCUUGAAGGGGAUAGAAUGCGGAACGAACGUGGCUUUAUCAACGCUCUUGAAAAAUACAACAACGCUCUUGAAAAAGCCCCCUAUAUGUGUAGGCUGCUGGGCCGACGGGCAGAACUGCAUAUGGAGAUGAGCAACUUCAGACAGGCCCUACAGGAUGGAGACGCCAUGUGUCGACUGACGCCCCUCUCUCCCAAGGCUCACUACGUGAAGGCCCUGGCUCUGAACAAAGCCGGUUAUAAUGAAGAGGCCCUGCAAGAAUACUUCUACUGUCUGGCUCUGAAGCCAGACUGGACCUCAGUCAAGCUGGAAACUCAAAAGAUGAUGAGUGAGAUGUUCUCUGUGUUCAAGACGGACGGUCUCCCCACGUCAUCACCCCACCCCCACCAAACAGGCCCCGCCCCCUACCUCAAACCAGCCUCCCUUCUCCUCGGCUCCCUCCAUUCCACCCCUCGUAGAUGGAGCCAAACCCCUAUUGGCCAUAGAGACAGUGUGUCUGACACUGGGGCAGAGACCAAAUCCUCAUGUGAGGACUCCAAGACCCUAGCUUCUGUCGUGGCUGCCUUACCUCUCCCCCCUGGCCUAAAGAGGAAGUUCUCAGACGAGCCCCAAGGCUCUGCACCCCACAAGCUCCCCAGAAAAGAUGAGUCAAGCUCAUCCCAGAUGCCUGCUGCUUGUUGCAGUGAGAGGAGAGAGGUGCCCCCUCAGCUUCUGGAUAGCUCUGACAUGGACUGCUCUGUUUGUAUGAGGCUGUUCUACGAGCCAGUCACCACCCCCUGUGGACACACCUUCUGCAUGAAGUGUCUUGAGCGAUGUCUGGACCACAACCCCAACUGCCCCGUGUGUAAAGAGAACAUUACAGAGUACCUGGCCACUAGAGGGUACCAUAAGACCCUGCUGAUGGAGGAGGUGCUGCAGCGCUACCUGUCUGAGGAGCUGGCUGAGAGGAGCAAGGUGCACCAGGAAGAAAUGGCAGAGCUAUCAAACUUGACCCAGGAAGUGCCCAUCUUCAUCUGCACCAUGGCAUUUCCCACAAUCCCCUGUCCCCUGCAAGUCUUCGAGCCGUGUUAUAGGCUGAUGAUCCGACGCUCUAUGGAGACGGGAACCAAGCAGUUUGGAAUGUGCAUCGCUGACGACAUUAAAGGCUUCGCAGACUACGGUUGCAUGUUGGAGGUGAAAGACGUGAAGUUCCAACCAGACGGGCGCUUGGUGGUCGACACGGUCGGAGUGUCCCGCUUCCGAGUGCUGAGCCACGGCCACCGCGACGGCUACAACACAGCCAAGAUAAAGCACCUGGAGGACCAGAAGGUGGAGGGAGAGGAGCUGGCGGAGCUGCAGAAGCUGCAUGACUGUGUGUACGAGCAGGCCAGCACCUGGUUCACCUCCCUCAAAGACAACAUGAAGAACCAGAUCGUCAGCCACUUUGGACAGCUGCCUGAAAAAUACUGUGACAUACAGGGGAGUGUCAGUGGUCCUGCAUGGUGUUGGUGGCUGCUGGCUGUACUGCCCCUGGAGAAGAGAGCCCAGCUAAGCAUCCUGGCCAUGACCACCCUCCGAGAGCGCCUCAGCACCACCCGCCGGGUGCUUAGCCUCGUCACACGCAAACACCCGCCAACACGGCGACCAUCUUCCUCAGCAGCAGCAGCAUCAUCACUGUAGUGGCCCCCCUGGAGGGGAUCAGUUUAGAAUAAUCUAGGCCCAGUUAGAUAACUUUUGACAAUCUGGAUGUCGCCUAUCAGCUAGGAUUAAAUGCAUAUAAAUAUAAUGAAUAGAAUAGGAGUCCCCGUUGAAGUCAGUUAUUUUUCUGUUCUAUUAAUUAUAUUUCUAUGCAUUUAAUCCUAUCCGAUAGACUAAAUCCAGAUCAUUUUUGGAAAACUGGACCCUGGAGAAGAAGGGAGAAACUAAAUUUUACUCAGAAGCUCUAGCCUCAAAUAGCUCUAACAGUGGGAAUGAUUUACCAGUGUUGUUCAUGAUCUCAGGAAUGGGUUUCUACUUGAGUCUUACAAAAAGGAUCGAUGGACUAGCCCUACCCAACCAAAACACAUAAAUGAGUGUCAUGUUUGCACACAUAUCUUUGGGUCAAUUCCAUUAUGUCCAGUUUUGUCAUGUUUAUGUGUGGUACAUUAGGUUAAUCUUGUUUUAUUGUUGACCUGUGUACAAGAGGCCUUAAAUUAUUUUUGCAAUAUG